UGCGAAUGAAGCGACUGCACUAUUCUCUGUCGGAAACAGAUCGUGAUCAUCCUGAUGAAGCGUUGACGUUCGUGCUUUGGGAUCAUGACGGCAUGUGGCAUUCUGCACGUGACAAUGGUAAAAGGAAAGAUUUCGUGGAUAGGAAUUUGAGCGUUCUUUUUACUUUAUCGAUCAGUUUUGGACUCAUAACAAACAUUGCAUGAAUUACUCUAAAAGUCACUCUCUUCCGAUGCACUAACCUAUUUGAAGUCUGAGCGAAGGUAUAUGAUAUUGGCAAGGCAUUUGAAUUGGGUGAUUUAGAGGUUACAACAGUUACUUUUGAUUGUAGGUUGUGAAAUAAUUGCUGUGGAUUAUUUCAGAUAUUUCUCGUUGGGUGUAUUACUGUGUCCUCUAUGUCUCUGCAUCAUAUUAUGUCAACAGAGUUGGUGAGUGAGGCGUGUCGCAUUUUGACGGCUGGAUAUGUCAUUGCAGUGCCCACUGACACGGUGUAUGGUUUGGCUGCCCUUGUGCAGAACACAUCUGCUAUAAAUUCUAUGUAUAAGAUAAAAGGAAGAGAUCCUAACAAACCAGUUGCCAUUUGCUUGUCACAAGUUGAAGACAUUGAAAAGUGGGCAAAAGUUGAUGACUUGCCUCCCAAGCUCUUGAGUGCUUUGUUGCCAGGAAAGGUGACUGUCAUAUUGGAACGUAAGCCACUUUUGAAUGCAGCUUUAAAUCCAGGUAACCCAAAAGUUGGUAUAAGAGUUCCUGGUAGUGAUUUCAUUCGAAACAUUGUUGAUCAGGUUCAGCAGCCAGUUGCAUUGACAAGUGCUAAUUCAAGUAGUGAAACAAGCAGUUUAGAAGCGGAGGAGUUUAAACAUCUGUGGCCGCACAUAGGUGCUGUUUUCUGUGACGACAGUAAUUUAAAAAAUGAAGAAUUGCGAGCUGGAUCUACAAUCAUAGAUUUAAGUGUAAAGGGACAUUAUUCUGUUAUAAGAAAAGGAGUAUGUCUAGCAGCUGUGAGAGAAAAAUUAAAAAUGUUUGAAUUAGUAGAAGGUAGUGCUGGACUGUUUUAGGAACUACUCAUGAGCAUGAUGUAAGAUAAACUGUUCAGUGCAUAUUUAGGUCUUCAAAAUAUUAGUGUUUUAAAGGAUUUGAAGCCUUGAAGAACUUAAGUGAUAAUGUCUUCAUUUUUACGAAGUGUGGUGUCAUUGAGAGGACGUGAAGGAGUUGUUAAAGAAUCUCUCACAUCUCAGUUAUCAUUCAGUGUAAAAGAAAUUCAGUUGGAACAAGCAAAUGAAGGACUCGAAGAAGUGACUAGUAAUUAUGCACAAAAUUCAUUAUGCACAGUUUUGGAAGCAAUGUUUAUCCACGGCUUGAAAGAUACAUUCUUAAAUAGAGUAUCUCAAGCCAUUGGAGGUGAUCCAGAUCAAAGACCAGAACCCAGUUUCUGGGGUCCACUACUUAUUUUCUCACAUAGGGAGAUAAUUGACCAG